AUGGAGAAAUCGAUCGCUCCUCGCGAGGACACUGUCGACGACCGAGAACUGUCACCAGGUGCCGUCGAAGACAAUGGCUACUUGUCGGGACUCCGACUGCAUCUGGUCACCGCUGCGCUGGCUAUGUGCCUUUUUCUAACGAAUCUCGAAAUUCCCAUUGUCACCACGGCGUUGAUGAGCAUAACGGAAGAAAUCGGAGGUCUGGAUAAAGUCUACUGGAUCAUCGCGGGCUAUAUGCUGGGAUACGUCGGUGUACUCGUCAUUACAGCCAAAAUAAGCGAUCUAUUCGGUCGCAAAUCGAGUCUCCUUGUUGCUGUGGGCUUUUUCCUCGUCUUCUCCGGGGCCUGCGGCGGCGCGCAAACCAUCAGCCAGUUGAUUAUUUUUCGCGCUUUCCAAGGCAUUGGCGGCGCCGGCAAUUACUCGCUUUGUACGACGAUCGUGCUAGAACUUGUUCCUCCCGCGAAGUAUGCGCUGUAUACCAGUUCGCUUUCCGUGGUCUACGCUAUCUCCUUGCUUCUGGGACCGAUUCUCGGAGGUGCUAUCUCGGAGACCAACUGGCGAUGGAUCUUUUGGUUGAAUCUACCACCCGCCGCCCUGGCCGGGCUGGUGAUCAUUUUCAUGAUCCCUAACCGGUUCCCGAACCACCACAAACCUCGGACGACCGACGUUUCUCUCAAAAAUUCUCUGCUGGGAGGUCUUCGACGGCUCGAUUUCAUCGGCUCGAGUCUACUCCUGAUCGCCACCGUGUGUCUGGCCGCACCGCUCGAGGAGGCCAACCGGGAAUUCGCCUGGCGAUCCGCCUUUACAAUCGUGAUGCUGGUCAUAUCCGGCUUUGCUUGGAUUAUCUUCCUACUGUGGGAGCGGCGCGUUACACUUUCUAAAGGCCUUGUCGAGCCCGUAUUUCCCUGGCGAUUCGCGCAGAACCGCGUGUGGAUGGGAAUGUUGCUGAAUGCCAUCUGCCUCGGAGGGACAUGGUUCGUCACGAUUUUCCAGCUUCCCCAGCGUUUUCAGAUCGUGAAUGGCCUCUCUCCCCUGCAAGCCGGCAUCCGCUUCAUCCCUUUCACGGUGGCGGCGCCUAUCGGGUCCAUCAUGGCCCCGAUGUUGUCUAAGAUCUUUAAGAUUCCCGUCUUGUAUUUUGUCAUCGCAGCCUCCUUCAUCCAGGUAAUCGCCUACGCACUUCUAUCGACUUUGUCGGAUUCUGUGACCAUCGCCGCCAAGCAGUAUGGCUUUCAAAUUCUCGCGGGUUAUGGUUGCGGUAUCAACAUCGCCCUGUUAGUUCUCAUGACACCCUUUACAAUCGAACCGCAAGACAAAGCCGUCGCCAUGGGCACCGUUGCUCAAUUCCGUGUUAUGGGCGGCACGAUCUGCCUCGCCAUCGUCACAGCCGCUUCGCAGGCUUUGCUACGGUCGCGACUCGGACAUCAGCUUCCACCCAGCCAAGUGGAUGCUAUUCUCCAAUCCACGGAGAUGCUCACGUCGCUCUCCCCCGACACCCAAGAUCUCGUCCGCCAAGUGUACUCAGCCGGCUAUAACCUGCAGAUGAAAAUCCUCGCCGGAUUCGCCGGGGGGCAGGUCAUCGCGUCGGGGCUAAUGUGGCAGAAACAGCAGGUGAUGGUCUGA